AUGGAGGUUAGCUGGCUGCCGAAGGAGAAGCCAGUUACAUGGCACCAGACCACCUCCCAGCCGUAUUUAGACGUGCCUGCCGCACCCCAUGAGAAAGAUGCAAAAGACUCGUCGUCGUGGUCGGGCUACAGACCCUGCAAUGCGGCGCCUCACAGGAAAAGAUUGCCAGUAGUUGCUGUACUUGCUGCAGUGUCAGCUGUCCUCUUCCUUGCCUACCUGUGCAGCUUGUCAGUUCGAGGGAGGCUAUCCACUCGAUUAUUUGGGCGCAAACUUGCCGGAGGCGAGGAUGGCAAAGAAAACAAUGAGACAGAUCCGUGCGUCCCACACAGUGACACGGACGUAGAGGCCUUUCCAGGUUCCCCAGAGCAACCUAGCGAGGGUCGUAUCCCUAGCGCGCAUGGGCAGGCUCUUCCUGCCGCAUCUUGGAGUGGUGAGUCGGAAACUGCAUAUCGUAUAGCGCUGUCGCUAAUGGGUGCUACAGCUGCUCCUGUCGAAGAUCUUUACCGUGCAGCAAGACCUCAUCUAGGACCAGCGGAAGAGAAGAGGGGUGAAAAGAGAAAAGAAAGCGAAACCGAUGGUGUAGGGCGUGGAGCCAAGGUACAGAAAUUGGAGGCACCGAUUCAUCACAGCCUUCUUGGACCAUCGGUCCCCCAACUAUACCCGGACCGCGAUUCACUUAUUGAUUUAACCUUAUCUGAAGGCGUUCCUGUGCUAGGGGAGGAUUCGUGGCUCCUUGAUGACGAUAUAGCCUAUAGGACACCAUCAAGAUUGGAAAAUGAAAAUACAACGCCUGCAGAAAUGUAUGUAGGCCAGCAGAGCCACCAUGCGCCUACGCGAACGUCCAGAAGGCCGCCUCCACUACCAUCUGGGAACCUGUCUACUCUGGAUAGCAGUGGCUCGCCCGCCAUGCGUCCGUUGAGCGUUUUCGAGUCGGUGCUGUCGGAACCCAGCCAGAGCAGUGUGGGUCUCCGCCCAGAUGAUUGGUUGUUGAAUGGCGAUGCGGAGGUUGUGGACAAGGCAUUGGACCUGAUCGACUUAGGUACGAAACCUUCUAUGUUGUUAGGUAGUAGAGGGGACAGCCAGAAAGGGGAAGGAUCUCGCGCGAAAGCCGCUACCGAAGACCAAAUAUAUGGGGGGGCAGCUUCGAGCUCGAGAUCAAUCCGCGACUCUCUCAUGGAAGCAAUUCAGGAGCCAGCAGAAAUAUUGCUUGGAAUACCUUCGGCCUCUACUGAUCCUAAGCAUGCAGGGGCAGUAGGCGU